AUGUCUCUCCGGAUGGCCUCUGGCCUUUCCCUCCUCUUCGCUGCCGGUAACACAGCCGCCAACCCCACAUCCACCCGACCGAACCACGUAGCCUUCCAGGUCCCCAGCGACCUCUCCCGCGGCUUGGUCCACAACAUCCACAUCAACUACGACGACGAUAAGGUUGCCCAAGGGCUCAUCAACAUCGUUUACGGCGACUGCGAUGCCACGAGCGCGAGCGCGGACCAGUACCACAUUGCCUCCAUCGCUGCCGGAGAGAAAGGCCACCUACCUGACCGUCUACGCGAGACUCUGAACGAGACGCUCGGCGAUACCCUGGGCCUAUGGUUCGACGGUGUCAGGCAUCUCCAAUCAAACAAUGGCACCACGGUCUUCAGCAAGGAAGCCAAGAGCAAGUCCAUCGGCAUCGUCGGCGGUGGAAUUUCCGGGUUGAUGACGAGCUUGCUCCUCGAUUCCGUCGGCGUCCACAACUGGCACAUCCACGAAGCAACCCAAAGAAUCGGCGGCCGUAUCCGCACAGCCUACUUUGACGAUUCCAAACCGUCCGACUACCGAUACCAGGAGAUGGGGCCCAUGAGGUUCCCCAGGUUUAUCCAGUACGCCGACACCAACGAGACGCUCGAGAUCCAGGACCACAAGAUGGUGUUCCAGCUCAUCGACGUGCUCAACGAGAUGAACGCGGACCGACCGGACCUCAAGAUCGACUUGAUCAAGUGGAUCCAGACCAACGACCGCAUCGCCGGCAUGUCCAACGGCGGACGCCUACCUGACGGACGCAUCCCCUCGGCCGCCGAGCUCGCGGCCGACCCAUCCCUCCUCCUACCCGCCGCCGAAGCCAACGACCCGGAAGAAGCCGCCGAAGGCCGCGCGGCGCUCAAGUCCUUUAUCAACUCCACGCCCGAGAGCACCCGCAGCGUCGCCGCCAACAUCUACAAGGCCCACCGCGACGCCGUCGACCGCGGCCUCCUCCACUGGUCCGAGUCGACCUACCUCCGGUACCAGCUUAGCCUGUCGAGCGACACAGUGGAUUUCCUCACCGGCUGGGUGACCCUGGACAAGGGCCUCGACUCUCUCUCGCGCGCCUUUGUCCCGCACGUCGAGGGCAAGAUCACGUACGGGAGGGAGAUCUCCGGGCUCAAGUACGACGAGGCUACUUCCAAGAUCUCCGUCACGUGGAGAGACGACAAGCUGAAGCUGAAGCCGCAGAGCGAGGCCUACGAUUACGCCAUCGUCAGCGUCCCCUUCUCCGUGGCGAGGCUCUGGAAGCUACCCCCGUACUCCAGCCUCCUGACGCGUGCGAUCAAGACGCUCAAUUACAUGCAAGCCUGCAAAAUGGCCCUCGAGUACGAAACCCGGUUCUGGGAGCACCUGGAAACCCCCAUCUUUGGCGGAUGCGGCGUGGUCGACAUCACCGGCAUCAACGCGGUCUGCUACCCCUCCUACAAUCUCAACGGCACGGGACCCGGCGUCGUCCUAGCCUCCUAUCAGGCCGGACAGCUCGCUCGAUCCCUCGCCGCGUUGAGCGACGAGGACCACGUGGCCAUGGCGCAGCGCUCCAUGGCCGAGAUCCACGGCGAGAUCGCCAACGAGCAGUUCACGGGCAACUACGAUCGCAUGUGCUGGGAAGUCGAGAAGUAUCAAGCCGGCGCCUGGGCCGCGCCCACCAUUGGCCAGCAGGAUCUUUUUAUCCCGUCGUACUACAAUACCGAGUUCAACACCAUCUUCAUCGGCGAGCACACGAGCAUCACCCACGCUUGGAUCUUUUCGGCCCUGGAUUCGGCCGUGCGCGGAACCACCCAACUCCUCUUGGACCUUGGCCUGGUGGAUGAGGCCAAGGAAGUUGUUCAGACUUGGAUGGCGCGGUGGAUUACGGUUUAA